GGAUCCAAAACGCAGGCCAAGCGCACGUCCGUCAGCCCGUCGGUCCGCCAGUCCGGUACCCUGGGGGCUUCUGCCCUAGUUGCUGUCCCGCCGUUUAUUUGGCCCAAACGGCGGCCGAGGCGCUCAUCAUGGCGACGUUCAUCUCGGUGCAGCUGAAAAAGACCUCGGAGGUGGACCUAGCCAAGCCGCUGGUGAAGUUCAUCCAGCAGACUUACCCGAGCGGCGGGGAAGAGCAGGCCCAGUAUUGCCGCGCGGCCGAAGAGCUCAGCAAGCUGCGCCGUGCGGCUGUCGGCCGCCCGCUGGACAAGCACGAGGGAGCGCUCGAGACGCUCCUGAGAUAUUAUGAUCAGAUUUGUUCCAUUGAACCCAAAUUCCCAUUUUCUGAAAAUCAGAUCUGCUUGACAUUUACCUGGAAGGAUGCUUUUGAUAAAGGUUCACUUUUUGGAGGAUCUGUAAAAUUAGCUCUUGCAAGCUUAGGAUAUGAAAAGAGCUGUGUGUUGUUCAAUUGUGCAGCCUUAGCUAGCCAGAUUGCAGCAGAACAGAACCUGGAUAAUGAUGAAGGAUUGAAAAUCGCUGCUAAGCAUUACCAGUUUGCUAGUGGUGCCUUUUUACAUAUUAAAGAAACGGUUUUAUCUGCCUUAAAUCGAGAGCCUACCGUGGACAUAUCUCCAGAUACUGUUGGAACCCUCAGUCUUAUUAUGCUGGCACAGGCCCAAGAAGUAUUUUUUUUAAAAGCCACAAGAGAUAAAAUGAAAGAUGCCAUCAUAGCUAAAUUGGCUAAUCAAGCUGCAGAUUAUUUUGGUGAUGCUUUCAAACAGUGUCAGUACAAAGAUACUCUCCCUAAGUAUUUUUAUUUCCAGGAGGUGUUCCCCGUCUUGGCUGCAAAGCACUGUAUCAUGCAGGCCAAUGCUGAAUACCACCAGUCUAUCCUGGCAAAACAGCAGAAGAAAUUUGGAGAAGAGAUUGCAAGGUUACAGCAUGCAGCAGAAUUGAUUAAAACAGUGGCAUCUCGCUAUGAUGAAUAUGUCAAUGUGAAGGAUUUUUCUGACAAAAUCAACCGUGCCCUUACUGCAGCAAAGAAAGAUAAUGACUUCAUUUAUCAUGAUCGAGUUCCAGACCUUAAAGAUCUAGACCCAAUUGGCAAAGCCACACUUGUGAAAUCUACCCCAGUCAAUGUACCCAUCAGCCAGAAGUUUACUGAUCUGUUUGAGAAGAUGGUCCCUGUGUCAGUGCAGCAGUCUUUGGCUGCCUAUAAUCAGAGGAAAGCUGAUUUGGUUAACAGAUCAAUUGCUCAAAUGAGAGAAGCCACCACUUUGGCAAAUGGGGUGUUAGCUUCGCUUAAUCUUCCAGCAGCAAUUGAAGAUGUGUCUGGAGAUACUGUACCUCAGUCUAUAUUGACUAAGUCUACAUCUGUGAUUGAACAGGGAGGCAUCCAGACUGUUGAUAAGUUGAUCAAAGAACUACCUGAACUACUACAAAGAAAUAGAGAAAUCCUAGAUGAGUCAUUAAGAUUGUUGGAUGAAGAAGAAGCAACUGACAAUGAUUUAAGAGCAAAAUUCAAGGAACGCUGGCAAAGGACACCAUCCAAUGAACUCUAUAAGCCUUUAAGAGCAGAGGGAACCAACUUCAGAACAGUUUUAGAUAAAGCUGUGCAAGCAGAUGGACAAGUAAAAGAACGUUAUCAGUCUCAUCGUGACACUAUUGCACUUCUGUGUAAGCCAGAGCCUGAGCUGAAUGCUGCCAUCCCUUCUGCUAACCCAGCAAAGACCCUGCAGGGCAGCGAGGUUGUAAAUGUUUUAAAAUCCUUAUUGGCAAAUCUUGAUGAAGUAAAGAAGGAAAGAGAAGGUCUGGAGAAUGACCUGAAGUCAGUGAAUUUUGACAUGACAAGCAAGUUUUUGAUAGCUCUGGCUCAAGAUGGUGUGAUAAAUGAAGAAACUCUUUCUGUUACUGAAUUGGAUCGACUCUAUGGAGCUCUUACAACUAAUGUCCAAGAAUCUCUAAAGAAACAGGAUGGACUUCUUAAAAAUAUUCAGGUCUCACACCAGGAAUUUUCGAAAAUGAAACAGUCUAACAAUGAAGCUAAUUUAAGAGAAGAAGUUUUGAAGAAUUUAGCUACUGCAUAUGACAACUUUGUUGAACUUGUAGCUAAUUUGAAAGAGGGCACAAAGUUUUACAAUGAGCUGACUGAAAUUCUGGUCAGGUUCCAGAACAAAUGCAGUGAUAUAGUGUUUGCACGGAAGACAGAAAGAGAUGAACUCUUAAAGGAUUUGCAACAAAGCAUUGCCAGAGAACCUAGUGCUCCUUCAAUUCCUACACCUGCAUAUCAGUCCUCUCCAGCAGGAGGACAAACGCCAACUCCUCCAACUCCAGCGCCAAGAACCAUGCCGCCUUCCAAGCCCCAGCCCCCAGCCCGACCUCCACCUCCUGUGCUUCCAGCAAGCAGAGCUCCUCCUGCUACUGCUCCGACUCCAGUGGGGACUGGGACUGCUACAGCAGCUCCAUCACAAACCACUGGCUCAGCCCCCCCUCCACAGGCCCAGGGACCACCUUAUCCCACCUAUCCAGGAUAUCCCGGGUAUUGCCAAAUGCCCAUGCCCAUGGGCUAUAAUCCUUAUGCAUAUGGCCAGUACAAUAUGCCAUAUCCACCAGUGUAUCACCAGAGCCCUGGACAGGCUCCAUACCCAGGACCCCAGCAACCUUCAUACCCCUUCCCACAGCCCCCACAGCAGUCUUACUAUCCACAGCAGUAAUAUGUCUGCUCAGAAGCUCAGCUGGUUCAGAUCAGAGGGAAAGAAAUACCAAGCCUGCAAUAAAUGUACUAAACUCUAUGCUCUGGUUAAUAUAAUACUCUACUGUACCGAAUGCAGUGUAUAAUUUCUGUCUGCGGCUAAAAGCUGUGCCUCAGUUUCACAUUUGAUUGCUCAUGUGAGAUUUGCUGCUGUUGCAGUAUAAACACUAGGUAUAGAAUUUGAAAUAAAUUACAUUACAGUUCAUAAAAGUUGAAAAUUAAACCUGAAGCUAUUAUACUUUCUACAUAAGAUGUGGUUGGGGCAUCAGAUACUUAUAAAGAUGGUGUAAGUACUGAUAGUCAAGAAAACUGAGUUUUCUUUCUCCUUUGGUUUAUUGAUUUGGUUUAAUUUCCAUUAUGCUAUUUUGCAUAAUCAAGACAUUGUAAAUCUUAUAAUUUAAAAAUAAAUUACUUAAGAACAGUUGUCAUUGUUAUGUUUUGUCAUUGAUUCUCAUUACUGUCUAAUUUCUUUCUGGCAUUAGUCUCUCAUUUUGUAUGUACGUAAGUUAAACAGGUACUAUGUUUUAAGUGCAUGAAUAGUGCAAAUCAAGUAGGUUCAAGGACAUUUCAUAGGCACACCAAAAGAAUAGUACCAUAAUUUAUCUUUUAUAUGCUGAUUAGUAAGUUAAUUUUGACAUUUUUUGAAAAGUCCUAUAAUAUGGAAGAAACACAAAUACUACCAAAGAUUCUUCAAAUAAAUAUACAAAUAAAUAAUAGUGUAUUUAGUGUUUAUUUUUUGCUUCUCCAAGAAAUUGAUGCAGAUUCUGGGAAUAAUUCUUUCAUUUUUUCCCCUUUAAUUUGGUUAAAAUAAAUAAAUGCAUUGACAGUACUGUCUAAUAUAAUAGAUUUGUUUGGAGAAAAUUUACUGAGCCCUUCUAUUCCAUUUUCCUACCCUACUGUCUUAACUUAGGAACAUUUAAUGGACAAUGUGUAUGAGUAGAUUUAACCCCUUUCAUUUUCUUUUUGCUCCUAAAAGAUUGGAAUAUUUUAUAAUUCAGGGACACACAAAACAAAUGUUGGGAACAUAUGUCAGUUCUGGAAUAGGCUGUGUAUAUAAUAUGAACCUCUGCUAUUAGGAUAUCUAAUCACUGUAUAAAACUCAGUAAAAGUAGUGGAGACAUGCAUCAUGAGAAAAGAAAAAGAGAAAGAAACGAGUUGCCUAAUGUCACAGUGGGAUCUAUUCCGGUGGAGUUUGUUUCUGAACACAUUAGGUGUGUGAACAAAUUUCUAAUGAAUCAUUUGUGUUUAUUAUCUGAGUUUUAAUGCCGGCCGUUUCUUGCUUUAUUGUUUCGUUUAACUGAUACUGUCACUUGGCCCACUGUUUUCACUGACAGUUUGGAUUUGUAUUUUAAAUGUUAGACUGAAGGUAUGAUUGUAAAAGGAGUGAAUUGAUUUAAAAAUAUAUGUGUGUUUAAAAAAUCUUUGUUGUAUGUGGAAAACAUGAAGGCAUGUUGAUUCAAUAUAACUUACCUUUGAUUACAUGGAUAUUGAAAUUGGUUUAAAGUCUAAUCUUAAACCUUGGCAAAAAUAGAUUUUUAUAUAUUAUUGCCAAAUUUUAAUACUUCGAAUUUAUCAAGUGUGACAUGGGCUUGUUUUUGUCUUCUGUAAAUGGUAUUUAAAUUCUACAUUCUUAUUACUCGAGGUAUCUUAUACUAACUUAAGACACUCAGUGAAAGUUAGGGGUAUUCAAAUUGCUAGUCUAUAAUUCUUAUUAAUGCAGAAAAAAACAAAAAAAUUGGCCUGAAUAUUCUCUUGGGGAAAGAGGGCUCCAAAGGAAAGGGUAAAUUCAUCAGAGGGCCAAAAGAGAAGAUAAGACCAUUUAGCCCAUUUCCCGUGCCUAAGCUGGGCCUGCUCCCAGAGAGCCACAGGAAGAUCACUUGGAAACUCUAGGAAAGGAAGCUCCACAGCCCCUCAUGGCAGCUUCUCCCAGAACCCCUGACUUGCUCAAUGUUGUUAGCAAAGCCUUUUUCAUGUAGCAUCGCAGACCCAUUCUUUCUUGUCAGUUCAUUCAUCCUUUAGAUACUUUCUUUUAGUCACGCCUGACUAGGUACAAAUGACCAAGUUUCUGCAGCCCUUUGUUGUUAGGUUUGUCCUCAUAGGCCUAUCUAGUUUCAUCAAGGUGACUAAUAGAAAGAAGCUUCUCUUAUGUCUGUUUUACAUUCUCGCAAAUAAGAAGUAAGCCCGCACUGGGAGAGUUAGCGAAGUUUUUAAUCCUUUGUUUAGCUUCCCAUACUCCACAAAAUACCCUAAAAAGUUGUGGAUAAUGCUGUUUAUUUGGUUCAGGUAUGUUGUACCAUGUUUCUAAUUAGGCUUUUUUGUCUUCCUGAACUAAGGAAAGGAAAACAUCACCAGACCAUUUGUGUUGGGCUUUGGAAUACUAUUUUAAAAUGGAUUAUACUUCAAAUAAUGAAGCUCCGCAUAGAGGAACUAGUCAGAAGUCAGGAAAAAACUGUCUAACUUCUAAUUCUUCUUCCUAGUUGGAGACAGAUGGCCUGACUGCUCAGUCUGGGGAAAAGUAUUGGUCUACAGAAAGCUACUUCUAUACCACUUAAGAAAAACAGUCAUAUGUCACUAUAAACCAAUCUUUGUGAAAUAUACCUUAACCAUACCCCAGCUUCUUUGCACUUUAUAAUCCCCUCCUCCAAAUCUAAGGAGUUAUGGAAAAAAAGGAUGGAUUUCACAGAGCCUUGUGUUCCUAACGUUCUAUCCUAGUCAGCAGCCUUUCUAGUCGAAACAGAUUGAAAAAAAAAAAGUUUUCCAUUAGAGCUUUAAAGUUUGCAAAACUGCUUUGUAUACAUUUUCUAAUUUCAUAAACAGGAUACUAUAUAAUUUGUUAAGAUUUCAGUUUGCUAAGGGUUAAGGGGGAAUUUUUUUUUCCUUUUUUUAAAUCAGUAUAUCUUGAAGAAUCUUGUUGCAACCUAGUGGCAUCUUUUUUUUUUUUUUUUUUUAAGACUUCUGCAGUUAUUGAUUCACAAUACAGAACAGGAUACAAAGUAGGAAAAAAACCUGCUGUAGUGUUAUAAUUGCUGGUUUAAAAAUAGACUUUAGAACUUAAAUAGUUGAUUAUAUGAUUUACAUGGAAGAGCAAAGAAGGAAAAAUUAUAUUUUUAAAGAAAGAGAAUAUUCAGGCUUUAUUUCUGGUAUGAAGUUUAUAUUUUUAAAAAUAUCCUAUAUUAUCACACCAGAGAUUUAAAUUCUUUUCUGGUACAAACAUUGCUGGUGGUUGGAUUAUUUUUUUAUUGUAUUCAUUUCUCUUAGGGGGAAAAUUGUAAACAAACGAAAAGGUUCCAGAUGAUUGUAU